CAUAACUCCACUCUAUGCUAUCUCGAGGGGAAACAGAGCAUAGCCCAAAGCUUAUCUUUUUGGCGGCAGCAAUUUGAAGAACACAUUACAGUUGCCGUUUAGAGCAAUCAAAUUCCCAAUUUUUUCCAUGGCAGUCUCUACUUCUUCUCUACCCAUCAUCUCUUUCAGUCGAAAGUCUUCGUCUUCAUCUUCAUCUUCUUCUUCAUCAUCAUCGUUGCUAUUUUUGGGUCCUUCUCCUGUAAAAACCCAUCAUAAAUGUAGCUUAAUUAUGAGUCAGCGGAGCUCAUUUAGACGAUUGUUUAUCAACUAUUCGGCUUCAUCUGACAUGGGUUCCUCCCCAGACCCCAUGAACUUGAGGCAUAAUCACAUGUCAUCGAUGGCUCCCUUUGGAAUGCAAAUGAAUGACAAACCAUCUUAUAAAUGGCAAAGGGUUUUGCUUAAAGUAAGCGGAGAAGCACUUGCAGGAGAUCACUCUCAAAAUAUUGACCCAAAGAUUACAAUGGCUAUUGCGAGAGAGGUUGCAUCAGUGACUCGCCUGGGCAUUGAGGUUGCAAUUGUGGUUGGUGGGGGUAAUAUUUUCCGUGGAUCAUCUUGGGCAGGAUGUAGUGGGCUUGACCGCUCAUCUGCUGAUUACAUUGGAAUGUUAGCAACUGUAAUGAAUGCUAUAUUUCUUCAAGCAACAAUGGAGAGUAUUGGCAUCCCAACACGUGUUCAGACUGCAUUUCGUAUGUCAGAGGUUGCAGAGCCGUAUAUUCGUCGAAGGGCUGUGAGGCAUUUGGAGAAAGGAAGGGUUGUCAUCUUUGCAGCUGGAACUGGUAAUCCAUUCUUCACCACAGAUACUGCUGCAGCCCUUCGUUGUGCAGAAAUCAAUGCAGAGGUUGUGCUGAAAGCCACAAAUGUUGAUGGGGUUUUUGAUGAUGAUCCUAGGCAUAAUCCAAAUGCCCGUCUUCUUGAUACGCUAACUUAUCAUGAGGUGACUUCAAAAGAUCUCUCAGUGAUGGACAUGACUGCCAUUACUCUGUGCCAAGAAAAUAACAUUCCUGUUGUUGUCUUCAAUUUAAACAAACCGGGUAACAUCUCGAAAGCAAUAAAGGGUGAGAGAGUUGGUACAUUGAUUGGUGGAACAUGGAAUUCAACAGUGGCAAGGACAUGAAGAAGACACUUGGUGCAGUUACCUAUCAGUGUAGUGGCUUCUCCCUACUUUGCUUGUCCUUAUUGAAAAAGAAAGUAUGGGAUGGUAAUUCAUUGCGCAAGCAUAAUGAGAGGUUUUGAAGACGAAGUUUCCUGGAGCUCACAUUUGAAAAACCCAAAAUGAAAGCAUGAAGCGUGGAAUCCAUUCCACUCUUUUGACAGAUUAAGAUAAUAUCACUGCUGAUUUUUGUACACAACAUAUGUGGAAUUUUGCCUUGUUUGAACAUUGAAGCAAUCUCAAUUAAACAGUAAUUCUUCAAUGACUUUGAUAUGUUAAGUUUAAUGUUCAAUGUUAGUGGUAAGCAGUCGCAAAGGACACAAGGGAGAAAAAAAAAAAUUUUGCAUGUUAUUUCUUUGCUUAUAUCAUCAGUACAAUUAUUUGUGCAAGAGAUCUGAGGUUUAAAGAUGACCAAUUAGAGCUCAUUGGUGCCAAAGCUGCCAAUCAUCUCAAGGUUCUCUUCACCCUCCUGGUUCAACUGAUUGGUGAUAGAAAGGUAUAAUUUGUACAAUUCAUUAUUGUUACAUCACAAAGCCAUCCACUCAAUAGCUAACAUAUCUGGUCUCUCUCUCUCUCCCUCUCUAAAAAUAAAAGAGAGCAUCCAUUCCCCUUUACCACCUACUUGGGUGGCUGUGUCCUGCUUCCAUGCAAUUGCCAUCCUAUUUAAUAUUAUGUCGUAGAAAGUGUUUGGACGUGUUAGGCUUUUUGUGGAAAAUGGCAGAAACUUCCAACACGAGAAUUGAGAACAGGACCGCCACAUUCCACUCUUGGGGAUGGAACAAAGUGAAUGAAACCCCCCUCCAACAUUUGUGAGCCAGAUAUUUCAAGGGUUGCCAUUUUGAAGACUUUUUGGUCAAACAGGAUCUUGUAAUUAACUAUUCUCGAUCCAGCUCGGACACAGCCUGACCAUCUUCUUUUCUGCCCUCCCUGGCUUCCUUUUUUUGUAUAAACGUAUUGAGUUAGGACUGUAAAACGGGAAGCAACUCAUU